AUGUCCGAAAAACACCUUCAGAACAACGCCCCUAUCGGCGGACGCACCCUUUCUUCCUCCCAAUACGUCUCGCGCGCACAUCUACCGCUUUUCCGGGCCACCGGUCGACUCGGCCGUCACUUCGUUACAACCUUCCUGAUAACAAACAAAUACACCGUCACCACCCUGACCCGCACGCGGAGCCCCAAAUACCAAAACCAUCCCUCCCGCGUCCAAAUUCGUGAGGUCAACUACGCCAACCACACCUCCCUCACCAGCCAGCAUGCCCUCAUCACCACCCUCCUCCCUCCCCUCCGCCACCGCCUCCAUCCAAUCUGCGCUCAUCAUCACCGUCGCCGCCCACAUACCCUUCAUCUUCCCCAACGAAAAUACGAAAUACUAGCCCGUGCUGGACUACUGAUGCUGCAGCGUAAGAUAGGUGCUUUGCGGCACUGA